AGUUCAAUGAACAAUCAGAAUAAAACAACUGUAGGGGGAGACAGAAGCUCUACUGCUGCGUUGAUAUCUCGCAAGAACCGUGAGUCAACAUGCCUGUGGAUAUUAAUGAAUGGACAGGUUCCCUAGCUCUUACAGAGGUGGAGGAACAGCCAGCCAAGCCUCUAAUGGUCAAAUAUGGCUCUUUGGAAAUUGACGCGCUGGGGAAAGUGUUCACACCCACUCAGGUGCAGAAUCGGCCCACAUCCGUUGAGUGGGAAGGAUGUGACCCCAGUAAGCUGUACACGUUGGCCAUGACCGAUCCAGAUGCACCCAGCCGGAAAGACCCCAAAUUUCGGGAAUGGCACCACUUCCUUGUGGUCAACAUGAAAGGAAAUGACAUCUCCAGUGGAUGCGUCAUGUCGGACUAUGUUGGUGCAGGACCCCCGAAGGGAACAGGUCUCCAUCGCUACGUGUGGCUGGUUUACGAGCAGUCGGGUAGCAUCAGCUGCACCGAACGCGUCCUCACCAAUCGCUCUGGAGACAACCGUGGAAAAUUCAAGAUUCAGAGUUUCCGCAAGAAAUACGGCCUCGGUGCUCCGCUCGCAGGGUCAUGCUUCCAGGCGGAGUGGGACGACUACGUACCCAAACUUUACGAACAGCUGGCUGGCAAAUAAGGACCAUUUAGAAUAUCAGUUUAUUCUGUUCAGAGCUCGGCUGUAUAUUUUCAAUUCAGCCAUUUCAAAAAUGAAACUAAUGAACUAAAGAAACUCUGUUUUGCUUUAAAAGCUGUGUAUAAAUUCAUGUCAUCUUUUGUUGUAGUUGAAUUGAAAUUAAGCAACUUCAAUCUAUGCCUUCAUUUAUAGUGUCUCUUCGCUCGGAAGCACUUUGCACCUUUGAAUAUUAAUUCAAGUUGAAUUUGUGGCUGCACCUUUAAUUUCACGAAUAUCUCACCAUUAUGUACUGGAAAUGAACACAUCGGGGGAAAAAUCCUGGAUAAUAAAAUCAGACUAUGGAAAGACA